AUGGAUGCUUUAGUUACCAAGGGUUAUUUGGAAAGUCUCCCUCUGUUCAGCUGCAUGCAUCAGAGUUCCUGAAAAGAAAACACUAAAGUGCUACAUUGAAGUAUAGGCACACCACGCCUGCAGUCCUGGCAAUUAAUCCAACAACAGCCGCAGAGCAGGAAGUUCUCGCUGCCUCGAGCCUUACAGGAAUGUCUCUCCAGUUUUCUGCGGUUGUGACAGCAGAGAUAUGACGGCUAUGAGGAAAGUUGACGGGCUUUGCGUGUGAACUCCUUCUAAGGAAACUACCGGCUCAUAACAGCGGAAAGGAUGUCAUCUUUGAAAUUAAGACAUGAAGAGUCUGACUGAAAUGUGCACAUAGCAGGAAAGAAGCCAUGGGCAGGGUCAUCCUCCUGUUGGCCAGUUCUGUGUCCACUUUGGGCGGCCUGGUCUUUGGAUAUGAGUUGGGCAUCAUCUCUGGUGCUUUGCUGCAGCUGAAAACAGAGUUUGUUCUGUCAUGUGUCCAACAGGAGGCCCUGGUCAGCUCCUUGCUGAUCGGAGCUCUGCUGGCCUCCAUUGUGGGUGGCUGGUGGAUCGACCACCAUGGCCGCAGGAAGUCCAUCAUCCUCAGCAACAUCCUGAUCCUGAGUGGCAGCCUGGUCCUGACCAUCAGGUCCUACCCUGCACUGGUGGUGGGGAGGAUCACAGUGGGCUUCGCUAUGUGUAUAUCCUCCAUGUCCUGCUGUAUAUUUGUGUCCGAGAUGGUUACCGCCAACCGCAGGGGCUUCCUGGUAACUCUGUAUGAAGCUGGAGUCACAGUGGGAAUCCUGGCAGCUUACGCCAUAAACUACAUGCUUUCUGGCUUCCCCAGAGGGUGGAAGUUGAUGUUUGGAUUAGCUGUGGUUCCAACUUUUAUUCAGCUGAUCUGUGUUUGGUUUCUUCCAUCCAGCACUCAGGAAGCAUCAAGACGAAGUGAGCGCUCUCAGAUGGAAAGGAACCUCAUCGAAAUCCAAGAAUCUGAAGACUCAAAAGUCACUGAAAACAAGAAAGUUGAGUACAGCAGUUGGUACCUUCUCCAGCGUAGAGACAACAUGAGGACUCGAACCAUCAUUGGUCUUGGUUUGGUGCUCUUUCAGCAGUUCACAGGCCAGCCCAACGUCCUCUUCUAUGCCUCCACUAUCUUCCACUCUGUGGGGUUCCAGAGCGAUGCCUCGGCAGUGCUGGCCUCUGUGGGGUUGGGGUUAGUCAAAGUGAUUGCCACUCUGAUUUCUAUGGUGUUCUCGGACAGGGUGGGCAGGAGACCUCUGCUCAUCAGUGGAUGCUCCGUUAUGGCACUGAGCAUGAUAAUCAUCGGACUCCUGAGCGGACAGUCAUCAAUGAAUACUGAGAUGUCUCCUGAAGACUUCAAUGUCAACACAACAGAUCAUCUGACUGUUUUUAAUCAGUCAGUCACACCUUUUCAUGAGAACCACAUCCCCCUUUAUAACAAAACUCAGAAUGAGUAUGAACCACUUGAUAAAAUUGGACAGGAACCAACAAACAAUCCUCUGACAGCUUUAAAAAUCGUCCAAAACCAAGCAGUGAACUGGAUCAUUCUCCUUUGUAUGAUGGCUGUCGUCAGUGCCUACUCCGUUGGAUUUGGACCAAUGACGUGGCUUCUCCUGAGUGAAAUAUUUCCUGCUGCGAUCAGAGGGAGAGCCUUCGCUUUCACCAACUGCUUCAACUGGGCCGCCAACCUGCUGGUCUCUUUCACCUUCUUGAAUUUUAUUGAUGUGAUCGGCCUGUCAGGGAUGUUUUUCUCGUAUGGGAUCAUCGCUGUCAUAGCUGCAGUCUUCUUCCACUUCAUGCUUCCAGAGACCAAAGGAAAGACUCUGGAGGAGAUAGACAAAGAGCUGCGUUCAAACAGGUUUUACCACAAUGAGUGCUGUGGCAUAAGAAACACCUCUGCAAAGUACCAGCGAGUGCAGUGUCAAGACAGCACUUCAGGUUGAUUUGAAAACACUGGCAGUCAUUUCUGAACGAGUGUUUUGCCCACCUGGAUGAAUGAAUGUAAAGAGGAGUCGAUCUCUGCAGUCCUGCUGACAUCAAAUCAAAGAUGUCUGAAGGAAACUUAAAUUGCACUUAAUGUUAAAAUAGGUAUAUGUGAUUUAUUUUUGUGCAACACACCAAUAAAAUGAUUUCUAUGUGGUCA